AGUGUAAACACACACACACACACACACACAGGCAGUCAUGGCUUCACGGGAUCUGGACGCAGAGUUGGUCAGAUCAGAGUCUCUGUUCGUCCGGCUGAUGGACAAACACAGGACUGGCAGAAAGAGCUCUCGUCUCCUGGAGAUUGAGAUGAAGCAGGUAAACAGUGAGGGAGGGUUAGUUAGCAGCAGACGGACAGAAGAGCAGCAUGGAGAGAGACACACAGAGCUCAAGCACAGAAGCAGAUAAAGAGAACGGCUCCAGUCUGUUCCACCGACGGCUGAAGCACCGCAGAGAGACGAAGUUCCUGUUACACCGGCUGACUGUGAUUGGCCGUCUGUCCUGUGGAGCGGCUGACAGGAGAGCUGUGUUAGAUCACUACGGGAAGCUGAUUCUCAGUCUGCAGAGGAUCCGAGCGGGUGAAGACGUCACCGGUCUCCUGCUGCUUUACCCUCAGCACGUGCUGCUCGUCAUCGAGUGUUCGACUGAAGCUCUGCUGUCUAUCCUGCAAGACCUGCGACACAUGGAGGAGAACAGCGGUCCGAUCCUGGAGCCCCGAAUCCUGCUGGUGUCCCACGACCUUCCCAGAAGACUCUUCCAGCUCUGGAGCCACAAGCUUCUGGACGAGUCUGACAGCCAGGGGACGCUGGUCUCAGACGAACAGAGCCCGGAGAGACUCGUGGGGGACACCCUUCAUCAGAUCCUUCGGCUCGGACGCCUCCUGCUCAACAAAACACAACAGAUCACGGGAUCUGAAGUGAUUCCGGAUGAAGUGCUGAAGGAUGCGGUUCCUCCGCAGGCCGCAGUGACUCGUCUGCUCCAGAUGGAGGCGCUGUUGAGUCCCGCGCGCUACAUCAGCACCUAUCACACACCGCUACACCUGCGCCUGGACUCAGAAUCUGUGUGGCCAGCAGGGGAACAUCUUCAGAUCGCUUGAACGAUUUUAUACAUUUAAACAUUUUAAUACAUCUCAAAAAGUUUUGGUAAUGAUUGAAGGCUCUAAAUGCAAUGCAUUGAAAAAUAAUUUGAAUGCAUUAAUUAAUAGACUUUAUAAUGCAUUGCAUGAUCUUAUUAUUUUUAAUAAAUUAUCAUACUUAUCUAUUAAUUUUACACAGUAUAAUGCAUUAAACUGUAAAAAAACAACCAAAAGGAAUGUGCAAAUAUUAUAUUGCAUUUAACUUCACAAUUAUAUAUAAUGCAGUACAUGUACAUUAUGAAUACCUUUGAAAUGCAUUAUACAUAAACUUAAAACUGACCAGGUUUAUUUUUAAUACAUGAAUGAUGCAAC